AUGAGGUUCAAUAAUACACACAAGUUUUCAACAAUUGGCCUUGGAACCGUACUGUUGUUUUUCAGGGAGCUCAAGCCUGCUGGAGACUCUCUUCCUAAUGUAACCAUGGAUCACACUUGCCUUGGAGAACAGACACCUGUUCGUUUGGAGUCUACCUCCCUGCUACCUGUGGCCAAAACGGAAUGUGGAUGGGGAAUUCAAAAACAGCGAAACAAUCCACUUCACUGCAAAUCUCUAAAGCCCAACAAGUACGAAGAACAACCAGCCAUUAGAUUCCAUUGUAAAGAACAAAUAUCAAGUAACUCGACUCCGGAGCCCACGGCCCCAAGCAAGCCCAAAGAGUAA